GUUCUCACAAGAAGUGACCAGCUUGCUUUGAAGGGCUCCCGCCCCGAUGCUAAUGAUGAUCUUGGUGAUGUGGAUGGGCCCAAAGUGAAGCGGGGUCCAGGGCGGCCAAAAGCAGCCGCAGGCCCCAAGGCAACUGCGAAGUCCAAGGCGAAGCCUGUGCCGAAGGUGAAGGCAAGUGCAAAGUCAUCGUCUAGCAAGAGCAAAGGUGCCAAGAAAGCCAGCGAGGCUUCCUCUCCGGCACCUGACGACGAUUUGCUCCCGCAGGCUCCCUUGGAGGCGGAGGGGGAGGCAGCCAGUUUGGAGGGCGAGCCCGACGAUAGACGUCGGGCCGUGAAGACGCGCCGAGGCGCGUUCAAGAAGCGAGGGCAUCGAAUGGGCCGAAAGGGCAAGAAAUCCAGGAAGGUGAAGCGCAAUACCGAUGCGGACGAUGGCCCAGCUCAUGAUGCUGAGCAUGAAGAGAAAUCCAUGGGCCCUUCGUCAAAGCGAGGCAGAUCCCCUGACGUGGUUGGUGACGAUUCCUCGGAAUCCGGCGCCGCAGCCAAGAAAGCCAAGCGCAGCCCCAGAGCGAAAGCCAAGAGCAGCCCCAGAGCGAAAGCCAAGAGCAGCCCGAAAGCGAAAGCCAAGAGCGGCCCGAAGCCGAAAGCCAAGAGCAGCCCGAAGCCGAAAGCCAAGGGCAGCCCGAAGGCGAAAGCCAAGAGCAGCCCGAAGCCGAAAGCCAAGAGCAGCCCGAAGGCGAAAGCCAAGUCGUCUGCCAAGGGUGAGGACACGAGGGCGCCCGUGGAGGAAUCCGAGUUCAGUGGCGAUGAGUUUCCCGUGUGUGGGUUCAACUAUCCAAAGACCUUUGCCGGUAGGUGGAGUCCGAAGGUGCCGAACAGCCACGGGUGGUAUGUUUGGCGCUACAUCGCCAAGACGUUCAUUCAGAUCGUUGCCCCCAACAUCCGUGACCGCACCCGAUCCAAGAAGGAGUUGGAGUACUUCUCGUUUGCCAAGAAGAAUUUCGUGGAAUCGGGGCUUAACGUGGCCCGCCCUGAUACCGAAGAGUUCUUUGCGGAGCAGGCUGAGCUGUAUCUCCGUGAUUUCAUUCAGCGCUUCGAGGUGGAGCGCGAAGGCGAUGCGGACUGUGAUCAUGUCUCUUCAAGGAAAGCGAGGUGCUCCUUUAUCUUGCUGCUUACCAUCGCGGCUGGUGGGAAUUGGAACUAUCCCCGUGGCCUGGCAACGAGACUGGUUGAGGUCUUCCGCUUCCUGCAAUUGGACGUGCCGCCGGUUCCAGUUAAGGACCUUUGGAAGGGUCUACAGGGAGUUUCUGGAAUGAUGGUCAAAGAAGAGCUACCUGAUGACCCAGAAGAUCUCCUUCAUAUCAUCAAGGACCUCGAACGUCAGCUAGCUACUCGGUGCAGCUCCCCGGAAGCCACCAUCAAGGCCACUGAUGAGGAGCUGGCUGCAGCAGGACCUGAGGAAAGCUUUGCGUCACUGCUCUUCUGCAAUGGCCACGAGGAGCGAGAUGUAUUGCUUCGGAAGAUCCAGGAGCAAGCGAAAGAGCUCGAACAGCUCAAGAAGGACAGCGACGACGAUGACGACAGCAAGGCCGAUUACAACCGCAUGCGGGCCAAAACUGGCCGGCUGUGCAACCGUACUGACGAGUUUAUGCGGAAGGUUGAGGUUUGGAAGGAGACUUCCAAGUUCCGCGAGCUCGCCACAGAUGGUGGCUUUUACUCCGAGAGUGAUAUGAAAAAACCGGUCAGCGAGGGUGGGCUGGGCCUGAAGGAGAAAUGCAAGUACGACGAGGAUGAGACUGAGUACUGGGUCGAUCAUAGGACCCACGGCCAGGUGUCCGGCAUGUCCAACAGCUUCAAGCCGGGCAACCUGGACGAGUGGAAUCUCAAGGGUGCGGGGACUUGUGAAGUGGAGUCUGGAAAGGACAAGGUCUCAGACACUAUCCUGCGCCAUAUGCAAGAGUCUGUGGCGACUCGAGACAAGUUGGCCAAGUUUGCCGACAGACUUGACGGUCGGGAUGCUGCCGCGGCUUCGUGUGUGAUCGCUUCUUUGGGGACUUUGUACGAUGAUCUGGCGAAGCUACAGGCAGAGGCCAAGGUCAAGCAAUUCAGUGAUGCGCAACCUGCCCUGAUGUUCACGUAA